AUGGAUGCUUAUCCAGGAGUACCAAAGGUUGCCCAUGCAGCGUUGAAGCUUGGUCGCAUGAAUCUUUACCGCACAGAUGAUGAUUUUGAAGAAUUCUUUAGAAGAAAUCAGAACAACUUUGAGAAUUCUUUUCUCUUCUUUUUAGGAUAUCAGGGACCACGUUCGGACGGAAUUAAAGGAGUCCGAUUGGGACGAUAUGAAAACAGAAAUCCAUUUCUCAUCGUUGCACUUCCUAGAAGACUACGCGGCACCCUUGUCCACAAAGAAUUGCAGUACAAAUCACUGCAACUGAUGACUCUUUUUGAUGUACAUGCCACUUUCAUGGAUAUCUUGUAUUUUCAACCAAAGGAUAAUUUCAAGAAUAUCUCAUAUCUAAGUACGAAACCGUAUAGUAAGGGCUCGUCGCUAUUGAGAAAAUGGAAAGACUCAAGAAACUGCAAUAAUUUGCCAAUUCCAUGGGAAUACUGCCUUUGUCAGUAUGAAAGAAAAAACGUCAAGGACAAACGUUUGCAACAAGAAAUUGGCAAGUUCAUAGCUAAGGAGCUAAAUGAUAACAUCAAAAGGGCAGGAUUCAUGUUGGAAUGUCGGUUACAGAAAUACGAACAGACGCUAGAUGCUCAACAGUUGCAAAUUGGAAGUGGUUUAACACUGUACUCCAUGUUUGUGAAACUGAGACCAUCUAGUGGUAAAUUUACGACGCUAGAUGCUCAACAGUUGCAAAUUGGAAGUGGUUUUACACUGUACUCCAUGUUUGUGAAACUGAAACCAUCCAAUGGUAAAUUUACGGCAGAAGUUCUCAAAACUUCAUCAGGUUUCCUGCUUGUGUCACGAAUUUCGAGAUGGGGACACUAUAAUAAGGAAGGGAACUGUGCUCCCGAAUCGCUACGUCCUUUUUGUCAGUGUUGGCACAAAUAA